AUGCCUCACAAUUCAUGUCCAUACUUACACUGUGCGCGUUCCUCACAGGGCAAGGUCGCCGAGCUCAAACUCGAGCUCAACUCGACAGGUGGCAAGAAGGACAAGAACUUUCUCACCAAACGAAUUGCGCUCAAGAAGAUCGUUGCGAACAUGACUAUGAGCAACAAUGACAUGGUAGCUCUCUUUCCCGACAUCAUUAAUUGUAUGGGCAUCCAGAACCUUGAAAUCAAGAAGAUGUGCUUCCUCUAUCUGGUCAACUACGCGCGCAUGAAGCCCGACAUUGCACUCAAGGCUUUGCCCAUUCUUACGGACGACUUGAGCGACGUCAAUCCAUUGAUUCGCGCCCUCGCUCUUCGAACACUGUCAUAUGUGCACGUACGGCAGUUUGUGGAAGCUACAGUAGAGCCGCUCAAGCUACUCUUACAGGAUCCGGACCCAUACGUGCGCAAGACAGCUGCUUUCACAGUCGCUAAGGUGUACGACCACGACAGACUUCUGGUUGAGCGGAGCGACCUGAUCGAUCGAUUGAAUAACAUGCUUCGAGACGAGAAUCCGACAGUCGUUUCUUCAGCUUUGGCAGCCUUGAUGGAUAUCUGGGAGCGCAGUGAAAGCAUCAAACUGACAAUCGAUUAUGCUAAUGCCAGCAAGAUCGUACAGAUCUUGCCAGAUUGCUCAGAAUGGGGCCAAACAUAUAUCUUGGAAGCACUAACAGCAUACGUCCCACAAGACACGCAUGAUGCUGCAUUGCUCGCGGACCGGAUAGCGCCGCGCCUUUCACACACCAAUUCAGCUGUAGUGUUGACAUGCAUACGAGUCAUACUCUACCUCAUGAAUUACAUUGACUCGGAAAAGGUUCUCGCGAGUCUGUGUACGAAGCUCAGCCCACCUCUGGUCACUCUGCUUAGCAAAGGGCCAGAGAUUCAAUAUCUCGCCCUUAGAAACGCGCUGCUCAUACUCCAGCGACGACCGGAAGUUCUUCGCAACGACAUCAGAGUCUUCUUUUGCAAGUACAAUGAUCCGAUCUAUGUGAAGGUCACGAAAUUGGAGCUCAUAUUCAUGCUCGCGAACGAGAAGAACAUCAGGGAAGUUCUCACUGAGCUUCGCGAGUACGCAACUGAGAUUGACGUCCACUUUGUGCGGAAGUCGGUGCGCGCCAUCGGCAAGCUUGCUAUCAAGAUCGAGCCUGCAGCGAAACUCUGUAUAUCGACACUGCUUGAUCUGGUCUCCACAAAGGUGUCAUACAUUGUGCAGGAAGCAACAGUUGUAAUCAAGAACAUCUUCCGCAAGUAUCCAAACCAAUACGAAUCCAUCAUCUCGACACUUUGCGAAAACUUGGACUCUCUAGACGAGCCGGAAGCAAAGGCUGCUAUGAUCUGGGUCAUCGGGCAGUACGCAGAUCGGAUUGACAAUUCAGAAGUGCUUCUGGAGGACUUCUUGGACAGCUGGCAUGACGAAACACACGAAGUUCAGCUAGCGCUUCUCACAGCAACAGUCAAGCUCUUCAUCCAGCGACCGACGAAAGCUCAAGAAACUGUGCCAAAGGUCCUGAAGUGGGCAACAGAAGAUACCGACAAUCCAGAUCUUAGAGAUCGUGGCUACAUGUACUGGCGUCUUCUCAGCAGCAACCCUACAGCGGCGAAGGGCAUUGUCAUGGGAGAGAAGCCGCCUAUUACAGCCGAGAGCGAGAAGCUGGAUCCGGUAACGCUAGAAGAAAUGUGUCUCGUGGUGGGCACUCUAGCCACAGUCUACCUUAAGCCGGUGCAGACCGUCUUCCGGUCUACGAGGCCGAGGAGGCUGCAGGACUCACCAGCUCUACAGCGCCAAAAUCUACCUAGUUGGAAAGCUCAGCAGGAAGCACAAAUGGUCGUCGAUGCUCAGGCUGCCGGACAAAGCAACGCGCAUGUACUGGACGAAGCGGAUGCUUACUUCGCGAGUGUUGGCGGCCAGGGCAUUGCUAACGAUGGCUUCGCAUCAAGUCCGACGGGCGCUACACAUGCUGAGCAAAUGUAUGUCGUUAACCAGGGUCAAGGACUGGGAACUGUACGGCCCAUGACGCACGUACAAAAUGGCGAGGGAGAUCUUCUGAGCUUCUAG